UUUGAAUGGCAACACCGACGUUUGUGGCUCUUUGUUAGCCCUUUCCGGUUUUGUUCCUGGGGCCAGAAGCCGUAGUUUCGGUUUUUAUUAAUUUUAAUCGCCCGUCAUCCUACAAAAUGAGGAUCUAUAAGGAUAUUAUUACUGGUGACGAGAUGUUCUCGGACACUUACAAAAUCAAGCUGGUCGAUGAAGUUAUCUACGAAGUCACCGGUAAACUCGAGACGAGAACUCAGGGCGACAUCAAAAUCGAGGGUUUUAACCCCUCCGCUGAAGAUGCCGACGAGGGAACAGAUUCAGCGACCGAGAGUGGUGUAGAUAUCGUUCUUAAUCACAGGCUCGUUGAGUGCUACGCCUUCGGAGAUAAAAAAUCUUUCACACUGUACCUUAAAGACUACAUGAAAAAAUUAGUUGCUAAAUUGGAAGAAAAGUCACCAGACCAAGUAGAAGUUUUCAAAACGAAUAUGAACAAGGUCAUGAAGGAUAUCCUUAGCAGGUUUAAGGACCUUCAGUUCUUUACUGGUGAAUCUAUGGACUGUGAUGGUAUGGUGGCCAUGUUAGAGUACAGGGAUAUAAAUGGAGUUUCAACCCCUGUCAUGAUGUUCUUCAAGCACGGGCUAGAAGAGGAGAAAUUUUAAAUAAGCAGCAAAAGUGAUAUUAACUCAUAAUAUUCCACAUCCAGAGAGCCUAAUUAUUAAUACCAUUUUUUAUUUAUUUACUCAAUCAUGUCCGCACUGCAGUAAAUUGACUUCGGCUACCCCCCAUUAAAGGCUGACCUUUUUUUGUAAAGAAAUAAUGUUGGUUAUUAAAUAAUUUAACAACU